UAAGUCACACGACUUUGUAAUCUUACAAUUCAACAAUAAUGGUAAAAUUCCAUUGAUGAUUCUUUGUUUCUUCUCCCACAUGGCGGGAUGAGGCUUCUUUUAAUUCGGCACGGCGAGACCGUCGAUAAUGUUGCCAACGUAUAUGCCGGCGUCACAGACUCUGCAUUAACGAACCAUGGCGCAUUGCAAGCCAAUCGACUUGGCACUCACCUCGCAGCUUCGAAAGUUUCCCGCAUAUUCUCUUCGGAUCUUCAACGAGCUGUCAAGACAGCCGAAGCUAUUCGUGUUGCUCAGGACAAUGACCCUUCUUUCGAAGUGACAAAGCUUGAGCUUCUUCGAGAACAAGAUUUUGGCCACUAUGAAAAGAAACCAUUUCAUGAACGUUCAAAAGAUCCAAACAAAACUGGCAAGGAAGUCCAUUCCGAGGCACACCGAAUGGAUCCAGGAUUCAAAGAUGUCGAGUCGAAGGAAUCGAUGAAGAAGCGGAUGGAAACAUUUGUCAAUGAGCAUCUGAUGCACCUUCUCAACAUCGAUCAAAUCAAUAUGAAUGAUCAUACCAUUGUCAUUGUGGCCCAUGGUAUCAUUUUAAAUCAUCUCUGGCGAGUGAUCUUGAAACGAUUCAAUCCAAAGAAUGUCUCGAUUGGUCCUGAUGUUCCACGUCCCGAACGUGGUCUAGAAUAUCUUGGUGGUUGGUCCAAUACUGGCUACUUGGAUUUGGAUAUCAAGCCUGUUCAAGAAGUGUCACCUUUCAAAGUUGGUUCGGUGCCUUCAGUAUCGGAUGAACAAUUCAAUGCUCAGACCUCAGUGGAGCUACUAAAGAACAAGAUUGAUCAUUCCGAGAUUUCUUCUUUGAAUAAUCAAUCAAAUGUUGAAGACAUACUGAAGCUACUAAAUCAUGCUGUUGACAAGGUCGAGGUUACCAUGUCACUGAUGAUAAAAUCUGUUAAUAAUGUGGAUCAUCUCAAAGGGCUCAAGAAAACCCGAGGCGGAUUAGGAAGCUUAAAACAUGACUCCACCCAAAGAACCAUGGAUUCAUUCUUCAAAAAGAGGAAGCUUGGAUAAUUCGAUUUUGAUUUUGUACUCCAACAGGUAAAAUGCCUUCCACAGCGUAUGUUAAUUUCGUUUUUCUCAUAAUCUUCCCUAGUUCCGACUUGGUUCUUCAAUAUUAUUAUACUUUACAAACUCAUAUGCUACCUUUAUAUAUUGCAAUCUCUGUGAAUGAUGUUCAAC